CCUCAGUAUCCCUGGAAAGUACACUGCCAAGGAGUUGGUGACAUUCAAGGAUGUGGUUGUGGACUUCACUGAGGAGGAGUGGUGCCUCUUGGACCGUUCUCAAAAAGAGCUUUACAAGGAGGUCGUGCUAGAGAAUAUCCAGAAUCUGCUGUCCCUGGUUGUAAAGACCACGUUUGAAGUAAAUGAGAUGCCUAGAAAGCUGGGCAUUUUUGUAGAAGAAUGUGACCAGCAAAAAUUCGUGAGUGAUGCUCUCAGGGACUUCAGUUUGAGAGAAAUUCCUGACUUUAUUAUCAAAGUAGAUAAAAACCCAAAGAGUGACUAUGAAUUGGAUGAAAUUGGAAAGAGCUUCAGACGGUCUUCUAUCCUAAAUCACUGUAAGAAAAUGACCUCAGGGAAUGACUGUCCUGCAGACAUUGAAUACAGGAAAUGCUUUACUGAACACGUGAAGUUUUUUCAGUCCCUGGAGAAGGCUCCUGGAAUGCAAAUGUGUCCGGGUAAUCAGUGGGAGAUGGCUGUGAGCUGGAGUUCAGACAUCAAGAAACAUCAGAAAAGUGAUAUUGGAGAAAUGCUUUCUGUAAGUGAUAAUGGUAGGAGGGCCUUGAGUCAGAACUCUGAGCACAUCACUCAUCAGCAAAUUCCCAUUAGAAAGGAGCCUUAUGAAUAUAACAAGUGGGAAGCACAGAGAAUCCACACAGUAGAGAAACCUUAUUGUGGAAAGGCUUUCACACAAAGGGGCCAUCUUGCUGCACAUCACAAAAUCCACACUAGAAAGAAAUAUUUUGAAUGUAAACAGUGUGGAAAGGCUUUCACCCAAAGGGGCUAUCUUGCUGCACAUCAGAAAAUCCACACUGGAGAGAAACCUUAUGUAUGUUAUCGAUGUGGAAAGGGUUUCACAGAGAGGGGCAAUCUUACUACACAUCAGAAAAUCCACCGUGGAGAGAAGCCUUAUGAAUGUAAUCAUUGUGAAAAGGCUUUCACACAGAGCUGCAGUCUUGCUGCACAUCAGAGAGUCCACACUGGAGUGAGACCUUAUGAAUGUAAUCACUGUGGAAAGACUUUCACGCUCAGCUCCAGCCUUGCUGCACAUCAGAGAGUCCACAAUGGAGAGAGACCUUAUGAAUGUAAUCAAUGUGGAAAGGCUUUCACAUACAAGUGCAAUCUUACUACACAUCAGAGAAUCCACCGUGGAGAGAAGCCUUAUGAAUGUAAUCAGUGUGGAGGGGCUUUCACACAAAAGGGCCAUCUUGAUAAAAUGCACACUGGAGAGAAGUCUUAUGAAUGUAAUCAGUGUGGAAAGGCUUUCAGAUUCCCCUGUAUUCUAGCUACACAUCAGAGAAUCCACAUUCAAGAGAAACCUUUUGAAUGUAAUGACUUUGAAAAGGCUUUCAGAGAGAACUCCAGUCUUAUGUCCAAUCUUAAUAAACAUCAGAGAAUCAGCAUUGGCCAGAAGUCUUAUGAAUGUAAUCAAUGUGAAAAAGCUUUCAUAAAUACCUCCAGUCUUGCUAGACAUCAGAGAGUCCACACUGGAGAGAAGGCUUAUGAAUGUGAUCAAAAAUAUACAGAGUUGGUGACAUUCAAGGAUGUGGUUGUGGACUUCACUAAGGAGGAGUGGAGCCUCUUGGACCAUGCUCAGAAAGAGCUGUACAUUGAGGUUGUGGUGGAGAAUAUCCAGAACCUGCUGUCCCUGGAUAGUGAAUAUAAGAAAUGCUUUACUGAACAGGCAGAGCAUUUUCAGUCCCACAAGAAGCCUCCUGAAAUGUCAGUGUAUCCAGGUAAUCAAUGCGACAUGGCUUUGAGCUGGAAUUCAGAACUCAUUAGACAUCGGAAAAGUGAUACUGGAGAAAUGCUUUGUCCUAUAUUUGACCCGGGGAAGAAAAGAUAUACUUGUCUUCAGUGUGGGAAGGCCUUGGGUCUUCAGAAGAGUCAUACUGGGGAGAAGUUUUAUAAAUGUCAUGAAUGUGGGAAGGCUAUCUGCUACAGGUCAUUCCUUAUUGGCCAUCAGAAAAUCUACACUGGAGAGAAACCUUUUGAAUGUAAUCAAUGUGGAAAAAGUUUCUCUAAGAAAUAUACUCUUCCUUUACAUCAGAGGAUCCACACUGGAGAAAAACCUUACCAGUGUAAUCAAUGUAGCUCCCAUCUUGUUAGACAUCACAUAAUUCACACUGGAGAAAAACCUUAUGAAUGUAAUCUAUGUGGAAAGGUUUUCACACUGAAGGAUAAUCUUGUUGCACAUCAGAAAAUCCACACUAGAGAGAAGGCUUAUGGAUGUAAUCAAUGUGGAAAGACUUUUCAAUUCAGCUCCAGUCUUGCUUUACAUAAGGGAAUUCACACUGGGAAGAAGCCCUAG